AGUAAUAUUAUUUUACGAAAAUGAUAAUUUUCAGGAAAUGAAUUAAAAUUAAAUUAUAGCAGUUUUUCUCGGAAAAGAGAUUAGCAUGGGCUUCAGAUAGUAUCGCAUAUGCUUAUGAAGAUACGACUUAUACCCAACUGUCCAUAGAGCCCUUGUGAAUUGAGACCUAAUAAGGGAGCGAUCAACAUGGUAGUUGGUAACAAUAUAGUGGUACCAGUAGUUCUCUGGGGAAAGAAUGCCCCAACCCACUGUAUAUCGGCCAUAUGGAUGUCUUCCAACAUGAAGCAUGUCGUCACUGCAUGCAAUGAUGCCCAGCUCUGUGUAUGGGAUGUAACACCUACCUGGGAGGUAUACCCUCGCCAUAUGUUGUUUGGCCACACUGCAGCCAUAUCGUGUAUUGCCCCAGGCUCGGCACAGCAAGGCAACACCCUCCUAGUCAGCGCAUCAGAAAAUGGAGAGAUGUGUCUUUGGGACAUAGCAGAUGGCCGUUGCAUUGAGACAACCAAGAUGUCCUACACUCACAGUAGCAUGCAGGCGUACCAUUUCCGGAACACGAAGGAUGUGAAGCUUGUGUGUAAUGGCUACUAUGCAGAAAUUCUGCUGAUCAAUCCUCUCACAUUUGACAUCACCCACACAUUGUGUUCCCGUGUAUCCCCUGACUGGAUCAGUGCUUGUUGUGUGCUCCGACCAGCAAAACGGGAGGAUGAUGUGAUUGUGGCAAUAUCCAACUCUGGUGCUGUCAAAGUGUGGGCCCUUAGUGGUAGUGAAGCAAGGAGCAAGGUUAUACAUGAAGAUGAGUCUAAGCAGAUACGGUGCCUGAAUGCCCAGACCUUGACCUGCUGCCCCUACAACCAGCGUACUGUCCUUAUUGUGUGCUCCAAGUACUGGCAGAUUUACGAUGCUGGUGAUUUUACGCUGCUGUGUUCAGAAGCAAACCGGUGCGGAGAGCGAUGGUCCGGUGGGGAUUUUCUCAGCGUUGACCGCGUCGUUGUCUGGAGUAACGAGGGGAAAGGAUACCUGUACAAACUACCCACAAAUUGUGAUGUCAGUGAAGAUGCAAAUCCUGACAGUGAGAGCUACCACCAUCGAGCCCCUUCCUCACCCCACGCCUACUAUGUACUGGAUUUAAAUAUGGACAAGACAUUGGCGUGUGCACCCGCAAUGCAGCUGUUCUCCAGUAUAUCUGGUCGUGGAGAUGGAGCAAGGACCACACUGCUGCUACGUGGAGACUCGGAGGGCCAGGUUGUCAUCUGGAAACUCCCUGACGUUUCCGAGAGGCAGAUGACACUUGUACGACAAGAAAGCUUUGAUAGGCUGCCAGUGUUGAAGCCACGGUGUGCGGCAACAUUACAGAGCGUCUGGGACUCUCUGAGCCACCCUCCAGCCGGCAUACUCGAUGGAUUUAGAGAGAUCGAGGAUGGAGCAUUGUUGACAGCAUCUGUGUACAUCCCAUCCCAGGGGCGGUUGGCAUGUGGGCGAAGUAACGGCUCCAUCAUCAUUCUCCCUGCUGUACAGUGCAUAAUGAUCCAACUUCUAAAUAACAAGCUGCUGAACAAGGACUGUAUCCAUUUGUUAACCCUAUCUGGCCAUGAUGGGCGUGUGAACUGCCUGCUGUAUCCAUUCAAUGAGAGCACCCGUUACGACCCCCGCCACCUACUGUCGGGGGGAGCAGAUUUCUCAGUCAUUCUCUGGGACAUACAGGACGGCACGAGACUACACACAUUCACUGUGCACGGAGGAGAAGUCGCUCAGCUCAUUGUUCCACCCAGCAACUGUAAUGUGCGUGUGCUGACCUCAGUGUGUUCAGUGGCUGUUGACCAUUCUGUAGCAUUACUGAGCAUGAAGGAGCGCAAGUGUAUUAUGCUUGCUUCACGGCACCUGUUUCCCGUCCAGUGUAUUCGUUGGCGGCCCCUUGAUGACUUCAUGGUUGUCAGUUGUUCAGAUGGCACUGUCUAUGUCUGGCAGAUGGAGACUGGCCACCUGGACAGAGUUGUACAUGGACUGACUGCAGAGGAAAUCCUGAACAACUGUGACGAGAAUGCUGUGCCGAUACAUGAUCAACUGACAAACCCCAACCUAACGCUGGCUCAGGCAUUCAGACGACGCAACCUGGCAACAUUCCGCACGUUGGCCCAGCAGAAACUACAGCAAUUAAACCAGAACCAGCAGACAGCAGGUGCCAAACUUGACCUCUCCCACCCCCAGGAGUAUCCCAUGUACAUUGAGGGGAUAAAGACAAACAUGCUGGACCCGGAGGGGCAUGUCCUCUUCUUUGAUGUGGAAGCCCUCAUAGUUCAACUGCUUACCAAUGAGUUUGCUACUAUGUCCCCGGGUGAGCUGGAAGCCAAAGGCCUGUCCAGUCUGCUACCAGGCAGCCGACGGGCCUCCGUAGAUGAAACGGACUCACCUCCCACCAUCGCAGGUUUCAUAGCAAAAGUGAAGGACACAGCUGAGAAGAUCCAGGCCAAUGUUGACCCACAUGGGGGAUUUACCCCCAUAAACCAACCUCCAGGGUCUAGCCAGCCCCCCUCCAGGAAGCCCUCCCAGCCCUCGACACCCAUACACUCCCCCAACCUUGGGUCAAAAAGCACACGCAAGAAUCGACCGGAUCCUCUCAGUUUUAAGACAAACAAUCUGGUGAUGGAGGUUGCCCAGUUGUUUAUGUCCAUGCUCCAUGCCUGGGGGCUCGACCCUGACCUCGACAAACUCUGUCUCAACAAACUAGGAACUCUCAAACCAAAGUUACCAGUAUCGUUCGGGUUGAUAUCUCGGGAGGGUCACAUGGCAUUGAUGUUGCCGGGGUGGCACAAGGGUGUGUGUGCUGGGGGGCAAUCGCAGAUGGAUGGCCAAGGUCGAAGGUCAACACUGGUAGACCAGACCAGGGCAUUCUCCAUCUCAGACCAUGAGGAGGAUGACUACAGUGGCCGUUCACCAUCAUUUUUUGGCGGUUCUGUGGAAGCUGACGUGGCUGAGGAGCGGGAACAGGAAGUGGCAUUAUACACACGGCAGGCACGGUGGCGCGUGUCGUCUCCCGUCACCACACAGCACCUGAUAUCCGUCAUCUCAGUCGCAAACACACUUAUGAGCAUGAAUCACGCUACAUUCAAGAACCGGAAACCUGAGAAACGAAGAUCUAGGCAGCGGUCAUUCCAGGGAGGUCCCCAUGGUCUACUGGUCAGCGAGACUGAUGGGGGAACAAGCACUGGCAGUGAAGAUGAGAGUGCAGACAUGGUAACAAUACAACAGGCACAAUUUAAGCAAGGCUGGAGCCUUCUUGCUGCCCAUCACUGUGUGUUACUUCCAGAGCUGGUGGACUCCGGGAACUACUUUUCACCGCAGCUUGAGAUUUUGGCGAGACGUUGGCAAGAUAGAUGCCUCGAGAUCCGGGAAGCAGCCCAAGCCCUGCUAUUGGCAGAGCUGCGAAGGAUCGGUCCGGAGGGUCGCAUGCAGGUUGUAGAUGAAUGGUCCCCGCACCUUCCAACAUACGUGGACCCCGCAUUCAGCAUCCUCAACCCCGAGGCCCAGGGGCAGUCCCACGGGGAGGACAUGGAAGAGGAGGCAGACAGUGAACAGUACCUUGGAGAUGAUUCAAAUGAAGAAAGGUGUAUUGGUGAAUCUCCAGUGCAUAAGCCAUCAAGGUCGUUUGAAAGUCGACGGAAGCAGGCUACAGCUAUUGUAAUGCUUGCUGUGCUUGGAGCGGAGUUUGGGGCUGAGAUCCUGCCUAUGCGGGGUAAGGUGAUGGAGGAGAGCGGGAAGCGAGCGAGGAAGGGCCUCGAGGGGUUCUCCUCGUCCAACUAUCUCCUCGCACAACACACCAGCAAGGCGUUGACCUUCCUUCUCCAGCAACCCCCGUCGAGGAAACUGCCUGCCCACACCCCGAUAAGACGGGCAGCAAUUGACCUGAUAGGGCGAGGAUUUCCUGUCUGGGAGCCCUACCUGGACGUGUCCGCUGUCCUACUGGGGCUUCUAGAGCUAUGUGUAGGGGCGGAUAGACUGGUUCCCAGUGUGACGUUUGGGUUGCCAUUAAGCCCAGCAGCAGAUGCAUGUAGAACUGCUAGACAUGCCUUGUCUCUGAUCGCCACCGCCAGACCCGCCACCUUCAUCAUCACCAUGGCCAAGGAGGUCACAAGGUACAAUGCCUUGUUGUCGACCGCCCAGUCCCACCAGCAUGCCAACAUCCAGAACUCUGUGCUGGUCAGGUCCAAACCUGAGAUCCUCCAUGUUAUAGAGCUCCUCGUGGACAAGAUGCCAACAGACGUAGCUGAACAAAUUGUUGAGGCUAUGGAGAUCAUCAUUCACUGCCUUGAUGCCGGUCAGCUCAAGGCCAAGGGUCUCCAAGAGCUCUUCCCAGCCAUCUGCAGGUUCAGCAUGGUGACAUGUUGCAGCCAGACACGGCGUAUCUGGGUCGGUGGGCGGAGCGGACAGCUGGCCUUCUACGAGCUCAAGCAGAACUCCAAGUGUCAGGUGAUAAGUGCCCACGGUGGACCGGUGAUCGCAGUGUCCAUCUCACCCGACGGGAAGUUCCUCGCUACAUUCUCACAUAUCGACCAGAAACUCAAGUUCUGGCAGACGGCAUCGUCAUCCAUAUUUGGCCUUGGUUCCCAGCACACUAAGUGUGUCCGUCAGAUCGCCACCCAGCCAGUACCCGUUCAGCCCCACACAAACCUGCUGAAGCUCGUACGACUGGUAUGGACAGAUGUACGCAUCAUUGUGCUGCUUACUGCCGACGGCUCUGAGUACAAGUACUUUGUUUAAAGUAGAUAAGCUUUUAACAGGUGUGAAUUGACUGACUUUAAAAAAUGGUGUAAACAAAAUGUGUUAAAUGAAUUGUGAUACCUUGGGCUUGAAGUUGUUGUUGAGGGACCAUAAUUGUUUUUAGGGUAACAUCCCUUAUUUUGUCAAUAUUAAGAUUACAUUUUUUUGAGGGUAACCAAAAAAGUAAUUCCAAUUUGACAUCUUAUUUUCCUGACUUUAGGAGUGAAACUAAUAAUAUAAUGAAGUGUUCAUGCAUUGAAAAUCAUUCAUUCAACAUUCUUUAUUCUUCUCUUUGUGGCUUCUUUUGCAAUAUUUUGUGUGAUUCAUGUUUGUAUAGAAUUUAAAAAAAAGAAUAAUUGAUAUAGAUGUGAAUUGUGUGAUGUAAAUUUAACUCAAUAUAGAGGUGAAUAAUGCUUAGAAAUUGGUCACUGAACAUACAUAGCCCUUUAUUGACUGCUAAAAGAAAGGAAUUGUGUCUGUUGUUAUAGAAGAAAAGGUCAUUCCUAUGUUAUUGGCAUUAUUGUUGGUGUAUCAUAUUUAAAAGGUAUAAACACAAAUUUCUGAAAAUGUAAUAUUAUUAAUAUUGUAAACUAAAAUCAUUUAUUCGUGAUAUAAGUGUUGUGAAUUUUUGUAAUAUUUUGAAAUUAGAAAUCCAGAACAAAUACAUUGUUUUUUCAUUAGAUUAAUUAUUCACUUUCCACUUUUAUUUUAUAAAUGCAGUCAGAGAUUGUGUGCACACAUCAUUCAUUUAUAUUAUAUUCAUGAUGUUGAAUCAAUGCUUUUAGGUAAAAUCUAAUUUUUAUUUGCUUCUGAGUCACACAGCUACAAGACGUAUUAUAAUAGUCUAGCAUCUGUAUUCUAGUCAAAUAUGUCAAUCAUCAACAAACGCCAUUACCUAGAGGAUAUUUGUUGUAUUUCGUUGUAACGUCAAGUCAUUUAACCGGGUGAUCACAAAAAAACAGGUAUGAACACCAUAAGGAAAAAAUAAUUCUGUGGUCAGGAGUGAAUUAACUUCAGAUCAUUAACUAGAUUCAAACAUUUUUUUUAAAAUUUAGAAAAGUGUCAAUUAAAUUGGCAAUAAAAAGAGAGUGCAAAAUGUACUGGAUUUUUUUUAUGUCAUUUAAAAAAUAUACCGUACUGUUAGAGUGAAUAUUGCUAUUAAGCAAAAUGGAAACCAAAAUCAGAGGAAAGAAGUUAACGUAAUUGAAAAUAACAUGCUAUUUCAUUGAAAAGCACAACGGAAUUGGAAGAAUUUAAGAAUAAGUCAAAGUUACUAAGGAGGGGAUAGUCAUUUCUGCGUAUUUUCAACUUCUCAUUUUCUGUAUGUGAAUAUUAAUGAGAUUUUCAAUUAUUAAUUGAUCUUUGUAUAAAAAAAAUCAUUUUUCGCACCCCAGCAAAAGUAGAUCCAAAUAUUUGACCAUGCUUGAGAUCCAUAUCUUGCCCACAGGCAAAAAUAAAAAAGUACCCAUAUGCAAGGAAUAAAUUGGAAUACAUUUUUACUAUAUUUUGUUUAUCUGAGGUGUGAGAAAAGGCAUCUACCAUGGCCACUUGUGUAAGAUUAUAAGUAUCUUCCAUGGCCGAGAGUGUAAGAUAGGUUCAUUCCGACACGAGCGUAGGGUGUUUUGCAGAAUCGAGGUUUACCGAGUUUCCGCAAAACACCCUGCGCGAGGGUCGGGAUGAACCUAUCUUACACGAGCGGCUAUGGUAGAUGCUUUUUCUCCCACCUCAGUUAAACAAAAUUAAGUAAAAAUGCAGUUUUUGCUGGAACUCUUUUGUGCUUAGUGAAAAUAAUUGCGUAUGGAUAUGGGAUAGCACGUGGUUGUCAUGGAUAUGCGCGCAUUGAUCCAGUUAAUGUUAAUAGUCAAAUCGGUCUUUUUAAAUAGUUCUAAGGAGAAUGAAGCAUUAUUUCUUGAAUGGUGCGUGAAAACUGUUUUAUGGUGACAUUUAAAGCGAGAAAUAAUUAAUAAGCGUUCUAAAUAUUACCAUGAGACAAGAUUUCCUUGAUGCUUCUGAUGACAGUCUUCAACAAGGGAGGUAAUAACAAUGUGGUGACCAUUAAAAAGGAGUUCCAUACGGGCAUUUUAUCUUCGCCCGUGGGCGUGGGCAAGAUAAGAAUAUCUAGCAUGGUAAAAUUAUUGGAUCUACUUAUCUGAGGUGGGAGAAAGGUUCAUCCUAACCCCAUGCAAAGUGUUAUGCGGAAACAUUGUAAACCUCGUUUCUGCAAAACACCCUAUGUAAGGGUUGGGAUGAACCUAGCUUACACUCUGCGCCAUGGAAGAUGUUUAUAAUUUAAGUAUCCUAAAAUGUUUUAUUAUAUAAAUGCAUAUAUUCUUAAAAUUAUAUUAUGUAUUGUUGUAAUAAAAUAGAAUAUGUUAUUGUUGUUACAUUAAAAUCUAUUUAUUGCUAUGUUGUGAUACAGACAAUUGUUAAGUGUGCGAAUUUGUUAUUUACAUGAAUAAUUUAAACUUAUUAUGUCAACAAAAUGAAGAAAAAUAAAAUAAUUUGUAAUGUAAAUAAUUGAGUUUAUGAUCUUUGAAUCAGUAUUUCUGUAUCGGCAGUUGUCUUUGACCUAACAAUGAAUGUACAAAAUAAUGGUAUUGCCUGGAAUGUACAUGUACUUAAAACAUAAUAAUUUCACUAGUAUAUAAAAUAAGAUAACCAAAUGAAUGUUAAUUAAACAAGAGCUGUCACAGAAACAGCGCACUUGACUAUUCAAUCGCUAAUUA